AUGGCGGAUGAGGCUACCAACAAUGUCGGACGGGCACUCGAAGCCAUCAAAAUCGCCCGGCCCCCGCAUCCAGACGACAUGCUGCUUGAAUGCUUCCUGCAAGAUGCGCCUGAACCCCAAGAAGCUGCGUGCUACCUGCUCCAGCAAUCUUAUGUUGAGGGGAACCGCUAUGAUUUCACAUCUUUUUUAUCUGAUUGGAAAGAGUUGAUUGGAUCUUUUGUAUUUGAGGAUCCACCAAGGGAGCUUCAUGACUCCAAUAUCAUUGCCGACAUCAAUAGGAGAGAUGGUGGAAAGUGUUGUAUCACCGGAAGAGAUGGCUCAUUCUUCGAUCCCCUCGUUGUCGCUCCGGUUCUGCAGAUGAAGACGCCUAUCAAAGAAUAUUACACUACUGUGAACAAUAUCGGAGGCCCGACGUGGCCUUCCAUUCUUGAUGAGAUGGCACCUGUUCGUCGCUGUCGGCUCUCUGACCAUUCAUCCUCUGGAAUAGAGCUGCCCGACAUUUGUUCACUACAAGUCUUAACACGUUUCGCCAAAGCAGUCCGAUGGACCUUUGUUGCUCGAGAAAUUGCGGGAAAGUCGUCACGCCCAACAACAAAGAGAGCGUCUUCGAAAUACUUCUACCGCCUCUCGGACAAUGCUGCCAUGACCUUGGCCAGAGCAUGGCGCUUGAUGCCAGCUCGCCUACGAACAAGGGCAUACCGAGGCUUGCGGGUGUUGGGCGGUCGGCUAUAUGGUUCGACCUGCAGUUCAAGCGUUCAGCAGCUCCCGUUUGGCAUGUACCUCAAAACGUUGUGCGGCGACCACCACCAGGGACUAGCUAACGAGUACGGCGCCUUGCACCUGGUGCGAGAGCAUACCCAAGUACCGGUUCCUUGUCCCUUGGACUUGGUUUCCGAUCGCACCGCAUCUUACAUGUUGACGUCACAGAUUCCAGGCCACCGACUUGGCAUGUGCCUCGACGUACUCAGUGAUGAUGAGUUGUGUGACUUGGUGUGCGACUUGCGGGAGUAUCUCCGAGAGCUCAGAGCAAUCCCAAAGGAGGUCCUACCCGACUAUGCUAUCACGAAUGCAAUCGGGAAGGCAUGCUACGAUUAUCGAAUCAUUGCAAGCCUGAAUCAGGAGGGAGAGCGGAACCGGAUCUUUGCUGGUCCGUUUCCUACCGAAGAGGACUUCAACAAGAUCCUCGAGGUCGCCUCGCUGCCCAACGUGUCGCACCGCAGCGGGCACAACAUCACCUUCACCCAUGGAGACCUGAACUUGCGGAAUAUUCUGGUGUCUAACGGCAAGCUCUCUGGAAUUGUUGACUGGGAGAACUCUGGGUGGUUUCCAGAAUACUGGGACUAUACCAAGGCUUAUUAUGGCACGAAAAUACGAAGACGGUGGCUGCGAGCUGUGGACGAAGUUUUUGAGGACUUUGGAGAUUUUCAAAAGGAGUUGGCUAUCGAGGAAAAGCUCUGGGAGUACUGUUAUUAG